GAGUUUGUGGCUGCUGUGGGCCGCUGAGGCCGAGGUACAAACGCCUGGUGGACAACAUCUUCCCCGAGGACCCGAAAGAUGGCCUCAGUAAAUCAGACAUGGAGAAGCUCACCUUCUACGCUGUGUCGGCUCCGGAGAAGCUGGACAGGAUCGGAGCGUACCUGGCCGAGAGGCUGAGCAGAGAUGUGGUGCGACAUCGCUACGGGUACGUGGUGAUCGCCAUGGAGGCUCUGGACCAGCUGCUGAUGGCCUGUCACUCUCAGAGCAUCAAACCCUUCGUGGAGAGUUUCCUGCACAUGGUGGCCAAGCUGCUGGAGUCCAGAGAACCAGACCUGCAGGUUCUGGGAACCAACUCGUUUGUGAAGUUUGCCAACAUCGAGGAGGACACGCCGUCCUACCACCGCCGCUACGACUUCUUUGUGUCCCAGUUCAGCGCCAUGUGCCACUCUACUCAUGAAGAUCCUGAAACCAGAACCAG